UUCUCCUCUUUUCUUUGAGCAUCUUUGUUACUGGCUCCUCAUUUCUUCUUUUUACAAUUAAAGAACAAGAAGAAGAGUAACGAGAUCUCACUAGUUACGAUUCGUAACGAAGCUCGAGAAGAUCGAUUAUUUUUCUUCGGAGCAGUGAAACGUGUCAUCUGUGAUAAAAAAAAAACCUACGAUUGCGUUUCUUUGGAAAAUCGUAAAGAAGAAAAAUGGACAAAGUUGACGACCGAUGUAUGAAUUCCUCGCGGGAAGAAUGAAAGGACGAAUGAUUCGCAACAGGCUGCACGAGGCGCGCUGAGAAGUUUGCGCGUUAUAGCAGAGGAACGAUCAGAUUCUUUGUUAGCUUUUCUAUUUUCAUUGUUAUUAUUGACGUCGAUCGAAAGAAGAAGAUCCAUCCCUUCAUUCGUUCGUUCGAUGCUUUUCUUACGAUUCUUCGAAGAUUUUUCCAGAGUUCCCUAUCGAACAAUCGAUUACCCGCACAUUGUACAGCCGCAGUCGUCUAUGAAAUCACGAUACGGCAUGACGAUAUAUCGAGUGUAACGAGAGAGGAAUAGUCGCAGACAUGUGGACGAAUCAUUUGAUUAUAGUGGCGGCAAUUGUACUCGCGGUUGCCAACGUCUGUCAUGCGGAGUGCCAGACACGCUCGAUCUAUUGUUACGAAUGCGAUUCGUGGACAGAUCUACGAUGCAAGGAUCCGUUCAAUUACACAGCCUUACCCAGAGAUCAGCCACCAUUGAUGACGUGCAAUGGACGCUGCGUCAAAAUGGUCCGAAAUACAAAAUCACCAUACGAGAGCGUUAGAAGGACCUGCAUUUCGCAGCUACAGAUAAACUUAUUCAUGGUGGACCACGUGUGCAUGAUGGAAAGUACCGGCACUGGUCACAUGUGCUUCUGUGAGGAGGAUAUGUGCAAUCGUGUAUCCCCGACUUCGUCUUCGAAUCCCACACUCCUCCUCUUACUCCUCUCGACCAUAUUUUUUCUAAGCUCGAACGUUUUAGGAGGCCAAGCUUGCUUAGUAGAACGUUGCAAUGGUCACAUUGUAUAACACACCGAAUCGUUGUUCGAUCCACUUAGAAGAUCACCAAAGGCUCCAAUCGUUACCCCCUUCUUCUCCCACCUCUCUCUCUCUCUCUCUCCCUCUUUAUUCCCUUUUAAUCUCGUCCAAGAACUUACAAGUUUAGCAUUUUGCAGAAAAUCGUUGCAACUACUUCGACGUAGAAUAGAACGGAGUCUAUCUUCUUUCGCAUAGAUAUCAUUUUAUCUCUUUCUCUCUUUCACUUCACUUCUUUUUAUUUUUUUUUUUUUCUAUUUUCACUCAUCACUUUCCAACAUCUCUCAGCAAUGUGAAAGCGGCGGACAUCGUGAUAUGCCGAGAAGGAAACAAUGCUAUCGUUUUAGAAGAGCUUUGUACAAAUUUACGUAAGAUAUUGUUCCGAAAGAUAGAUUCGCGUUAACAACUUUGUACUAUGUUUGCCAGAUUGUUUAAUACUGUUUCAAACUAUUAAUACUAUUUCAGACGUAGAUAACAAAUUUGAGGUCUGAUGUUAACGGAAAUUUAAAAAGUUAACGCGGAUCGAUCGACUUAGAAACGGCAAAAUCCUGUCUCGUCCCUCCUCGUCACGAUUGCGUUCGUUAGUUUUUCAUUAGAUUGCACCUCACUCCGAUCUUCUCUUGCACUCGGUGCACUUUUUCUCUUUCUAUGUCUUCUUUGUCUCCUCUCGCGUGUCCACUUGGACGUCAGUCGGCAUUAUCUAGCGCUUUAUGCUCGAAAUAAAAUUUAUGCCGAGAAAAUUAGCGAAUAGAUGACGAUUCGCGAAACGUAGGCCGCAUGGUGUUGUUCGGCAUGUCAAUCCAACAGGGUCAUCGACGUGGCACCCGUCGUCAAUGCAGCGACUACAAUGACGGCGAUCAGCGAGCAGCGAACCAAACAAAAUCUUUACGGCUAGCUAAGCCGAAUCAGUAUGAGCGUGCUUUGGGAACGUCCUGUAUUUUUCGUCAUUUCAAAAGGACUAUUAGCUUCUCUUUUUUUCUAUCUCGACGAUGCUUUACUGCUGGAUUUAAUUAAUUUUUAUCAUAUUUUUUAUGCAAAACUUGUUUCUUUGACGGUCCAUUAUUCUCGAAUAGUUUGGGAUGGUAUUUUAUGUAUAUAUAUUUUUUAUCUAUUUUCUACGUUAUAUGAAUGAUAACAUACUAUGUAAGUCGGUUCACUCACUUUUAGCUUAUCAAUAAGACUUGUAUCUUUUUAUCAAGUAGUAAGUUUCGAAAGCACGCUCGUAUGCACGAGGAGCCUUUACGAUCAAUUACGAUUUAGUUAGCGAGUUCCGUAGGUAAAGGCACUUUUUAAAUCGAGGGAAGUGAUUUUGAGUGCAUGGAUCGUAGGCACUCACAAUCAGAUUGGAGGAUUUCAUUCGUGUUUCCUCGACAUUUUCCAACCACCGUGUGCAGCAGCACCUUGCAUGAUACUGCAUGCCAUUUGUCAUUAGUUACUCUUGCGUGUAAUCGGGUCGUCGUCCAAUUCCAUCGUCGUAGCUCGUCAAAAAGUAAUCAACGUUAUGAGAAAAGAGUCUUUUCUUUUUCUUCUUCUUCUUCUUCUUCUUUUUUUUUUUUUUCUUUUUUUUCCCGUAAAGAUAAAAGAAUUAACCGGAGAGUUCCUUUUCGGCGAGCUGAACGACGUGAAGAACCUACGAAACCUUCCACCCCGAUGGAUGCAAUGCGAGGCAGAUCGAAAGAAAAACUAACAAAAGCACAGCGUGAGCCUUCAGCUUACGUCGUAAUCGUCGAUAAAUUUUCUCGCUCGCGUUAAUCGUGAUUUUCGAAUGAUCGUAGGAUCGUUAACAUUAUAGAAUCUCUCGCGGAUGACUCGAGCAAGCUGAACGCUCAUGUCCUCACAGAGAGGCUUUCUUUAACGGAGCCUCUUGCCAAACAAGCUUCGGUGCUUGCAUUGGUGGUGAGUUCACCGAUGUUUCUCUGGCAAGCCAUGCGGCUCGUGUCGCGUCAUUUGUUCAUUGUCGCACGCGCGGCUGCGAGGCUAAUCCACUGAUCUUCGUUAUCUUUCUAUCUCUUUCCAUUUUUCUUUCUUACUUAUUGUAUUAAUACCACAUCGUUCUUCUAUAUUUCGCUGUUUACACUAAUUUCCGAUCGCAUCGAUUAACGCUAUUUUCUCGCCAGCUUUUCGAUUCCCCUUUUUUAAAUGGCAUUACGUGUACGAAGAAACGUCGAUUAUUUUUAAACGCAUUGUAACGAGGAAUUGCUAAGCGAGAAAAAUUGGGCCUAUCUAUGUACAUAUGCUAUAUUCAAAUACGAAUCAUAUCAUCGUUAUCGAUCGUUUCUUACGGAUUUAGAUAGGUGUUUGUCCUAAGUCCCUUUAGGAUUGUUCCAGUUACGCGUAUCUACAUGCGCGCGUACUCGAUCGUAUUUUAUACGAGUCAUAUCAUUGUUACAAAUCGUUUUACUGACUAACGUAGGUAGCUGUUAUUGAUAUUUAGGAUUACAUGAAGAAUUUCUGUAGUACGUAGGUCUUAGUCAUAUAAUGAUAAUACUUUAUAUGGUAUCCUUAUUUGGAUCAUCAACAGAAAUCAUAUCAUCGAAGCUUUAUAAUCACCAGCAGGCAAAGAAAAUUCGUUUGAUUGUUAUAUCCUCUUGGAAAAAUUCUCUUCUAUAAAAUAUAUUAAUCUCGAGAAAUGAAAAAUCAUUCGAGAUCGUGCUGGAAACGACUCGAACAUUUUUUUCGCAUAGCAAGACUACGCGUGAAUUAACUCGAUAAAAGUAAAAAUAUUCAAGGACGUUUUUUCGUUCCAAGCGUUUAGAGUUAUUGCGAUCCGAAAUAUAUCACACAUUAAUCUGUAAUAAAAUUUGUAAAACGGCGAAUUGUCAACAUACAUAAUAAUUGUCACGUUCAAAUCUGGCCUCGCAGCCGAAAGAUAUCCACGCAUAUUCGUUAUUUGAUAAAUGAUAUGCAACAACGAUGUUACAAAAAAUGUUACCUAAGAAAACAAAGAAAUCAGACACAAAAAAGUCCUUCUGUAACACGACGAAAAAUUCGAUAAAAAAAACUAUCUGCGUUGUAAAAAGAAUUAUACUUUUCUUCGUUUCAAUGAUGCACUAGUCAUAAAAUACAAUACUUAUAAGGGAGUUUGCGCAAUCGUUCGAUAAAACAGUCUUGAUAAGAAAUUCUGAAAGAAAUUUUUCUCGCUGAUGAUGGCAUUGGUUGUAGAUAGAACAGCUAGUAAGAGGGAUUAUAAUUUACUAAUAAAAAGAAUAUCGUUAAUA